AAGAGAUGAAGGUCAUGAAGGUUCAACAGAUCUCACACCAUGCUGUCUUUAUCCUGCUGGCUGCUGCCACUGUACGAGCUCAAGUCAACCCAGAAAUGUGUCGAUAUCCUCUCGGUAUGACCGGCGGGCAGAUUCAGGAUGAGGACAUCUCCGCCUCCAGUCAGUGGUCUGAGUCAACUGCUGCAAGAUUUGGCAGACUUGACUUAGACAACGGAGACGGUGACGGGGCCUGGUGUCCUGACAUCAUGUCAGAGCCGGAUGGCCUCAAAGAGUAUCUCCAGGUGGACCUGCGUUCACUGCACUUCAUCACGCUGGUGGGCACCCAAGGUCGCCACGCCGACGGCAUGGGUAAUGAGUUUGCCCAGCGAUACAGGAUCAAGUACAGCCGCGACGGCAGCAACUGGGUGGGCUGGCAUGAUAGGAAGGGAAGGCCGGUCAUUGAGGGCAACAGGAAUGCGUAUGAUGUGGUGCUGAAGGAUCUGGAGCCUCCCAUCAUCGCUCGAUUCGUCCGCUUUAUGCCUGUGACCGACCACUCCAUGAUCGUGUGCAUGAGAGUGGAGCUCUACGGCUGUGAAUGGCUGGAUGGCCUGGUGUCUUAUAGCAUUCCAGAUGGGCACCAAAUGAUCUACAGGGGCCUGGAUGUCUACUUUAAUGACUCUGUGUAUGAUGGAGCGUCGGCUGAAAGACUGACAAAGGGCCUCGGCCAGCUGACAGAUGGCACCUGGGGUCUGGACGACUUCCUCCACAGCCACAUAUACGGCAUAUGGCCAGGGUACGACUACGUGGGCUGGAACAACAAGAGCCUCCCCAAAGGUUACGUGGAGAUGAUCUUUGAGUUCGACCACGUCCGAAACUUUACUUCCAUGAAGGUUCACUGUAAUAACAUGUUCAGCCGAGGGGUGAGGAUGUUCAGACAGGCCACCUGUUACUUCCGGUCAGGAUCAGACUGGGAGGCCGACCCAGUGACCUUCAGGCCUACUGUCGACCGCUUGAGCCAAAGUGCCCGUUUCAUCACCGUGCCCCUCGGGGACCGCACAGCCAGCGCCAUCAAAUGCCGUUUCCACUUCAGUGACCUUUGGAUGCUGUUCAGUGAGGUGGCCUUCCAGUCAGGCUCAGCAGUGUACAACACAUCUCUGUCGCCUCGCAAACACGGACACCCCACAAACGCGCUGCCGGCAGAUGAUCCCACUCAUAAAGUGGACGACAGCAACACCAGGAUCCUGAUUGGCUGCUUGGUGGCUAUCAUUGCCAUCCUAUUGGCUAUCAUCGUCAUCAUCCUGUGGAGGCAGGUCUGGCAAAAGAUGCUUGAAAAGGCAUCUCGCCGCCUGCUGGACGAUGAACUCACAGCUCGCCUUGCGGUCCAGACCCAGGCCUUCUCCUCCCACCACUCCUCUCUGUCCAGCGAGAGCGUCUCCACCUCCAACUCCACCUAUGAGAGAAUCUUCCCCCUCUGCUCCGACUACCAGGAGCCCUCACGCCUUAUCAGGAAACUACCCGAGUUCGCUCAGUCCACAGAACACCUCGGACCAAGCACCUCCUGUAGAGCCCUGGGAACCAGCAGCUCAGACGGGGCCCCCCACUACGCUGAGGCAGACAUCAUCAGCCUGCAGGAGUCCUCAGACAGCAGCAGCAACUCCAUCACAGCUGUCAACAUGAAUCUGUUCGCUGGCACCGAUUCAUCCAUGAGAGAGUUCCCAAGACACAAGCUCACCUUCAAGGAGAAGCUGGGAGAGGGCCAGUUUGGAGAAGUGCACUUGUGUGAGGCAGAGGGCAUGCAGGACUUUUUGGACGAGGAUUUGUCUAUAGAGGGAAACAAUGAGUCACCUCUGCUGGUCGCUGUGAAAACACUGCGGGAAGACGCCAACAAGAAUGCAAGGAACGACUUCCUGAAGGAGAUCCGAAUCAUGUCUCGCCUGAGGGACCCCAACAUUGUCCGUCUGCUGGCAGUGUGUGUGGACACAGACCCCCUGUGCAUGAUCACUGAGUACAUGGAAAACGGAGACCUGAAUCAGUUCCUGUGCAAUCUCAGACUAAAAGAGGCCGUUGAUGAGGACAAGACAGAACAGGAGGAAAAAGAAGAGAAGAGUAUGGUCAGCUACAGUCAGCUGAUUGGCAUGGCUGUGCAGAUCGCCUCUGGUAUGAAGUACUUGUCCUCUCUCAAUUUCGUCCACCGCGAUCUGGCGACCCGCAACUGCCUGGUGGGUAAGAACUACACCAUCAAGAUAGCCGAUUUCGGCAUGAGCCGGAACCUGUACAGAGGGGACUACUACAGGAUCCAGGGCCGGGCCGUCCUGCCCAUUCGCUGGAUGUCCUGGGAGAGCAUCUUACUAGGGAAAUUCACCAUGGCCAGUGACGUGUGGGCCUUCGGUGUGACUCUGUGGGAGAUUCUGACUCUGUGCAAGAAGCAGCCCUACUCUCUGCUCUCUGACGAGCAGGUCAUUGAAAACACAGGCGAGUUCUUCAGGGACCAGGGCAAGCAGGUGUACCUGCCGAAGCCUCCCUGUUGUCCCGACAGAGUCUACAACGAUCUCAUGCUGAGCUGCUGGAGAAGAAACGCCAAGCAGAGGCCGAGCUUUCAGGAGAUUCACACUCAGCUGAUGGAGAGCCUGGCGUAGCAGAUGGAACAGACGAUUUCUCUCCGCCAUGCACUGCCACAUUUGUUCCCUUCAGUCUGGAUUUAUUUGGAUUUAAUUCGGAGUCAGAAACAAACCAUCUAAUGUUUCCCAUUUGUCUUAAGCUGGCUCGCCGCAAUGGUGCUGUACAUAAUAAGAUAUGAGGAGACUUGAACAGAGCCUUAUACUGUAGAUACCAUACACGUUAGCACUAGUCACAUGGUGUACUCACUCCUCUGUGUAUUUAUUAAUUUCUUUUUAUUUCCUACGCUAUGUCUAUUUAUAGAGCACUCUAUGGUAAUCCUAGGUUUAUAAAGACAAUUGUGAAUAUUUCUUCCAUACAUACAUUUAACUCUGUUGCACAUAUUAGAGGAUGUCAGAGCAGUUGUGUGACCUUUCAUCAGGGUUCAAGCCCCACAGAGGCAGAGCCCAGUUUGUGUUGGUUUAUUAUUUAUUAUUUAUCCUCUGUUGCCGUGAGAUGAAAUGAGCUAGAAACAUGAAACCUGGUCCAGUAACUGGAAAUGAUGCACGAAUGCUUCCCAAGAAAUAUGACUCUAAGGGUGCUUUCACACCUGCCCUGUUUAGUUCGGUUCAGCCAAUCUUGAGUUCGUUUGCCCCCUAAGUGCGGUUCGUUUGGGCAGGUAUUAACACAGCAAUCACACUCAGGUGUGCACCAAAACAACCAGACCAAGACCUUCUUGAAGAGGUGGUCUCAGUCCAGUUACAAAUGAACUGUGGUGCGGUUUGUUUGUGUUGAACAUGUUCCGACCCUGAUCUGAACCAACUGCAGUUACAUGACACAUUGUUUGGGUUAAACAUGAGCAUGUUACAGUCCUGGAGGAUUAUUAAUGUGCACCUCCUCCUGUACUGCCUUAAUAUGCACAUUCAGCACAUCCAAUGCAUCAAAACAUUGUUUUCUAGUUGGAGCCGUGCCUCGUUUUCAAACUGUAUGGUUUGACUAAAAUGAACAAUGACAGCAAUAUAGUCCACGAUGAGCAGCGCUAAAAUCAACCUGCGUAGUUGUCCCUCCAUUGCGACAUUAGAAAGUGUCACAUUUAUCUUGUAAGUGUACUCUUCUUCAACGUUUUGUUUACUUCCUGGAUUUUUCCCGCACGGAAAUUCUGACCAAUCAAGAGCAGCUUUCUCACUCAAGGCAUUUGAUCUGGUCCGCCUGUAAAUGCUGCCGUGAGAACACAAACCAACUCUAGGCAAUUAUACAACUUUGGAAGAAAAAAUAAGUCCCUGAUUCAGACCAAAGCAAGACAAAUCUAGUUUUGAAAGUACCCUAAUAGGCCACAUGAUGGCGUUGUAAUUAACGUCCAAAAAUGCAAUUUUGGAAAGGCUUCACACUUAACUUGACAUUUGGCACAAAUAUCAGGCUCAAUGUGCCCUUUAAAAAAAUACCUUGGGUUUUUUUUUUUUUUUUUUGGUGCCGAGAAAGAGCUUGAACCCAGAAUUCCCGCUGGCUGCUAAAUUAAAUGUUUAUAGUUUUGCUUUUUAUUUUUAAGGUGAAUCAAUGACAUUGUAAUUGUCCAGAUGAGACAGAUGUUUUUACUCCGCAGCAGUUCACUGACAUGUUUAAUGACUGUUUGCAGGAAUAAAUUAAUUAUAUGUAUAUUGCUGAAUAGCAGCAUGAGAACAAACCAACCAAAGAUCCCUGUAAAUAAAGAAAAGUGAACAUUUGCUAUGUUUUUUCACUUUCCUUAUUAUUUUUUCACAGACUGGACUUAUUAGCAGUGGUGGAAAGUAACUAAAUCAUUUUUUAAAGUAUUGUACUUAAGUACAGU